AUGGUGUGGGUGCCUCUGAGGACCACGAGGACUGACCGCCGGGCCCCGCUGUGCGCACCCGCCACCCGCUGCACCACCAUGUCUUUGGAGUGGCUGAUGGACUGGAGCUGGUCUCUGGACGGACUCCGGGAUUUCAUCGCCACUGGCAUCCAGUCUUUCCGGGACUGCGACGCCACCGCCCUCGCCGCCGUCGCCUGCCUCCUGGUCCUCUUCGUGUGGUACUGCUACCACGUGGGCCGGGAGCAGCCCCGCACCUAUGCCACUGUCAAUGCCCUGAUGCAGAGCGCCGAGGCCAACGGCAUGCAGAACGGGUAUGUCUACUGCCACUCGCCUGAGUGCGUGCGCUGCACGCACCACGACGGGCUCAACCAGAAACUCUACCACAACCUGCAGGAGUAUGCCAAGCGCUACUCCUGGUCCGGCAUGGGCAGGAUCCACAAGGGCAUCCGUGAGCAGGGCCGCUACCUCAACAGCCGGCCGUCCAUCCAGAAGCCAGAAGUCUUCUUCUUGCCGGACUUGCCGACCAUGCCCUAUUUCUCCCGGGACGCUCAAAAGCACGAUGUGGAGUUGCUGGAGCGCAACUUCCAGACCAUCCUGUGCGAGUUUGAGACCCUCUACAAAGCUUUCUCAAACUGCAGCCUCCCGCAAGGAUGGAAAAUGAACAGCACGCCCAGCGGGGAGUGGUUCACCUUCUACCUGGUGAACCAGGGCAUGUGCGUGCCCAGGAACUGCAGGAGAUGCCCACGGACAUACCGCUUGCUCGGGAGCCUUCGCACCUGCAUUGGCAACAAUGUCUUUGGGAACGCGUGCAUCUCCGUGCUGAGCCCAGGCACCGUCAUCGCUGAGCACUACGGACCCACCAACAUCCGCAUCCGCUGCCAUCUAGGUCUGAAGACGCCCAGCAACUGCGAGCUGGUGGUGGGGGGCGAGCCUCAGUGCUGGGCUGAGGGCCGCUGCCUGCUCUUCGACGACUCCUUCCUGCACACGGCGUUUCACGAAGGUCCCCCGGAGGAGGGUCCCCGCGUGGUCUUCAUGGUGGACCUGUGGCACCCCAACGUCGCUGCCGCGGAGCGCCAAGCCCUCGACUUUAUCUUCGCCCCGGGACGAUGACGGCGCUGCCCGGUGUCAUGG